AUGCUAGUAAAAGAUAAUAUUAGAAGCAAAAGAGAAGCCAGUUUCUCUACAGAUGCAACAGCAACUGGCAAGAAGUCUGGUCAAAGUUACUAUGACAAUUAUGCCCAAAUUAAACCAGGUUUUCCAUUACCAAAAGAACAUACAGAAAAUAUAGAUUCAGAACAAUCAGUUUCUCCUGUCAGAAAAAGCAAAUACGAGGGUGCUGGUAAUAGUUACAUGAGCAGAAAGAGAGGUGACAAAUUAGGUUUCUUAGACAGGAAGAAUAAUGAAUAG